ACAAGCUCAGUAUGAUUUCUUUCUCUGUAGCGUUAUUUUCUUAGCUUUUCUACAUACUUUGGUUACAUAUCUCUUCGUAAGAUGUUCGGUCAGCUAAGUUUUAGACGUUCGUGUCGAUUUGUACCAGAAAACAAUAGAGCAAAUAUAAAAAGAUCAAGAGUAUCGAUAUCUUCUAAAGGGCCAAGUCAAAAUGUGCACUAUAAUAAACUUUUGGGUCAUGCGGGGGCAGCCACCACCCUCUAUAGGACACUGGUUGGUUUUAAAUUUUCAGUAGUUCCGGGUUAUCAUUAUCCGCACUGCCCCGUGUCGUUUCAACCACUUAGCUAUUCGCUUAUUAAUACAAGGUUUGCUCUCCAGUCUACUGCGCAAUAUCAUUGUACACGUCCUUGCCUAGACAACUCAAAGGUUCAAGAUCAGGUUUCCUCUACGGAACAGACUGUAUCUGGCGCGCAAGGCACAGCGUCGGCGCCGCCACCACCACCACCACCAGGACCAGCUGGAUGGGCCUACUACCAGUUCUACGCGCCGACUCCGCCCGCUUACAAUUCUUCCUAUCCCUUUUCCUUUGCGGACAUGAAUCGCAGAGGAGGGAAAGAUUCGCCUAUAGUUGUUCAGCUUGCAAAUUCGCGUUGGAAUUGGGUCAACAUACUUCUUUCUGUCACGAUUGCCUCAGUGUUACUGUUUUUCAUCCUCAGGAAUCCUGGUGGAGCUCUUGCUAGCUUGAUCGAGAAUAGAUAUAAGGCCACUGAUAACAUUCCAGAUUUAAAAUUUGAUGAUGUAAAGGGAAACGUUGAGGCCAAGGAAGAGCUAUCAGAUAUAGUUGAAUAUUUGAGGUGUCCAGAAAAUUUUGAGAAAUUGGGGAUCAAAGUUCCUAAGGGCAUAUUGCUUACCGGCGCUCCUGGCACUGGAAAGACCCUGCUCGCGCGUGCGGUUGCAGCAGAAUCAGGCGUUCCCUUUAUUUUGACGUCUGGCUCAGAAUUUGAAGAGAUGUUGGUAGGCGUAGGUGCUAGGCGCGUUCGUCAGCUUUUUGAAAGCGCCAAGCUUAUUGCUCCUUGUAUUAUUUUUAUUGACGAGAUUGAUGCGAUUGGUGGACGCCGAGAAGAUUUUACAAGUCACCAGAAAAUGUCCCUCAAUCAGUUAUUGGUUGAAAUGGAUGGUUUUAAUGCUUACUCUGGUAUUGUAGUUAUUGGGGCAACGAAUAUACCGGAGACACUUGAUCAAGCAUUGAUUCGUCCGGGUCGUUUUGACCGCAAGAUUGUGGUGGAGUUACCUGACCCGAAAGCCAGAAAGGAGUUGCUGGAUCAUUACCUAAUGCGCAAGCGUGUGGAUCCUGACGUCCGAACCGAUAUAUUAUCACGUGCGAUUGCUGGAUUUUCUGGAGCUGAUAUUGAAAACAUGGUUAACUGGGCAGCAAUUAAGGCUGCCAAGGCCAAUGGAAUGGUGACUAUGAGGCGACUUGAGGAAGCUAUGCUCAACGUUGCGAUGGGUCGCGAGAGAAAAUCGUUGUUUCUCGAUCAAGAUACCCGUCGGCUGUGUUCCUAUCACGAGAGCGGUCACGCGUUAGUGGCCCUCAAAACAGAGGGAGCCCGAGAAAUUCGCCGCGCGACCUUGAUUCCUCGCGGUGAAGCGUUAGGUAUGGUGAAUUUUCUUACUAAGGAUGGGUCCCCGUUGACGACUCAGCAGGAAUUGAUGGCCUACAUGGAUACAUGCAUGGGUGGCCGCGCUGCUGAGGAACUUAUUUAUGGACCACAAAAGGUGACUCAAGGUGCGGGGAGUGACUUUGAGCAGGCGACCAGAAUUGCCAAGUCAAUGGUAAUGCAUAUGGGAAUGUCCCCUAUGUUAGGACCCGUGCACUUUUCUGAGGACCCAAAGAGUCCCAUAAGCAAUGAGACGAUGCACAUUAUUGAAAAGGAGGUUGGACGACUAUUACAAGAGAGUAUGGAACGAGCUAAGAAUACGCUGAAGCAGAACAUGACAGAACUGCAUCGAUUGGCCGAUGCUUUGAUGGUAUAUGAAACCUUAGAUUCAGAUGAGAUUUACACGAUACUGAGAGGGGAUCCACUAGUAGGUAGGGAAAUGGAAGCGUUAGAUUCUGCAGCUAAUGACAAGAGGGUUGAAAACAUGCACAAGCAUCAUAAGCCGAGCAGAGAGGCUACCGUUGCGCCUAGUGAGAGCCCACUGACUUGAACUACAAAGCCAGCUGAAUGAGAGAGAAAGGGAGACACUUUCAAUAAGCAAGUAAAUUUCCUGGUUUGAAUUUUUUUAUCACUAUUGAAGAUAGUAUGAAGAAUAUUUGGCUAGGGACUGGCUAAGGUAGAGGCACCGUCAGGGCCGAAGAAGCGAUGUUUUCUAAAUUGCACGAUUUCAGGCAAGAGUUUCAAAAUACUGUUAUUCAUGGGCUAGUAUAUCAAAGAAAGGAGUAGUUUUUAGCAGCUUUGCUGUUUAGCUUUUUUUUUUUUUAGGUUGCGAUAAAAAUUUUUUUUUUUUUUGAAGAGAGA